CCCCGGACGGACGGCAUUCCUGACUCACCGGUUUGAGCUGAUAACACCGGUUCCGUAGAAAUAGACCAGAUAAGAACGACAAGAAGUAGCAAACUAAUUUAAAAGGAAACGUUUCGUUAGGAAGUUUAGAAUUAUGAGCUCGUGAGAGACAUCUGAAGGCAUUUACACGACUACAUCCAACUUGGCGAAGUUUUAUUUAUUUAUUAACUUAUUUAUUGUGAAUUUUAUUGACAAGUGUUAUUCUGAGGAAAACCGAGGACAACAGACGAAGUUUCAGUUGAGGUAACGCGCGUCGAGACGUCAUCGAAACAUUUGACAAGACACGAUGGAGGGAGAAAAGCGACUGACCUUGCCACUGAUGUUGGCCGUGGGGACGGCUGUGAUUGGUUCUCUCCAGUUCGGCUACAACACGGGUGUCAUCAAUGCCCCGCAAAAGAUCAUUGAGGCAUUCUACAAUGAGACAUGGUAUAAACGAUAUGACGAGCCCAUCCGUAAAACAACCAUGACCACCCUGUGGUCUCUGUCGGUGGCUAUCUUCUCUGUGGGCGGCAUCAUUGGAUCUUUCUCUGUCGGGCUGUUUGUCAACCGCUUUGGAAGGAGAAACUCUAUGCUCAUGGCUAAUGUCCUAGCUUUCAUUGCCGCAGCUCUGAUGGGUUUCUCUAAGAUGGCUGCAUCCUGGGAGAUGUUGAUUAUUGGACGGUUCGUGGUGGGCCUUUACUCUGGUCUGUCCACUGGCUUUGUGCCCAUGUACGUGGGUGAGGUGGCUCCCACAGCCCUCAGAGGAGCCCUGGGCACCCUUCAUCAGCUGGGCAUUGUUAUUGGCAUCCUCAUGGCACAGAUCUUUGGCAUGGAAGUUAUCAUGGGUAACGCCACCCUGUGGCCAUUCCUCCUGGGUUUUACCUUCAUCCCAGCCCUGCUGCAGUGCUGUUUACUGCCCAUUUGCCCUGAGAGCCCUCGAUUCCUCCUCAUCAUCCGCAACGAGGAAAACAAAGCCAAAACAGUGCUAAAGAAGCUGCGUGGAAUGACAGAUGUGAGUGCAGACAUGCAGGAAAUGAAAGAGGAGAGCAGACAGAUGAUGAGGGAGAAGAAAGUGACCAUACCUGAACUGUUCCGCUCUCCACUGUACAGACAGCCCAUCCUUAUAGCCAUCAUGCUCCAACUGUCCCAGCAGCUGUCUGGAAUCAAUGCAGUGUUCUACUACUCUACAAAGAUCUUUGAGAGAGCAGGAGUGGAGCAGCCGGUCUAUGCUACUAUCGGAGCAGGAGUCGUCAACACAGCUUUCACUGUAGUGUCGCUGUUUGUGGUCGAAAGAGCCGGCCGCAGGUCUCUGCACCUUUUGGGACUGCUAGGAAUGGCUGGAUCAGCUGUACUGAUGACCAUCGCUCUUGCCCUACUGGAACAGUUGAAGUGGAUGUCCUACAUGAGCAUUGUGGCCAUCUUUGCAUUUGUGGCGUUCUUUGAGAUCGGACCGGGCCCCAUCCCAUGGUUCAUCGUGGCUGAAUUGUUCAGUCAGGGCCCGAGACCCUCAGCUUUUGCUGUUGCUGGAUUCUCCAAUUGGACAGCCAACUUCAUUGUGGGCAUGUGCUUCCAGUAUGUGGAGGAACUCUGUGGGCCGUAUGUGUUUGUCAUCUUCACUGUGCUGUUACUUUGCUUCUUCGUUUUCACCUACUUCAAAGUUCCAGAGACCAAGGGUCGGACGUUCGACGAAAUCUCAGCCGGUUUUCGCCAGGCAGCUUCAGGUGCGGAGAAACACACAACCGAAGAGCUCAACAGCCUGGGCGCAGACUCUCAACUUUAAACUUCUUCUAUGACUCCGCCUCCCCCUGUUCACACUUCAACACGUAACUACUGAGGAGAGGGGCUCACUGAGCUGUCAAUCAAACAUUUCCCCCCUCCCACGGCUGCACUCACCUCUUUUCUCCCCUGUUGCUUCAUAAACAAUGCUAAACGUGGGACAUGGGGCUUGAAAGGCUGGGAGCAAGAGUAGUUAUAAUAUUCCUUUUAUCAGGAAGAUGAUCAUUUAAGACAUGCUUGAGGUGCCAUAUUUGCAUUGAAAUGUGUUAUUUUAAAAACCUUUCUUAACUGUUACUUCUGCUCUACUACGGAAGAGUUAAAGGGAUAGUUCACUUAAAAAUAAAACAUUCUGUGUUCAUUUACUCACCCUCAUGCCAUUCCAUACCCGUUAAACUUUCCCUCCUCUGUGAAGCACAAACAGAGAUGUUAGGCAGAAUAAGUCACCAUUCACUUUCAUUGUAUGAGAAAUAGCAGCAUCAACAUUCUUCCAAAUGUAUCCUGUACGGAACAAAUUGAGGGUGAGGAAAUUAUGACAGAAUUUUUUUUUUUAGGUGACCUGACCCUUUAAAGAUGACUGAGUUGUAACCUUGCCAUACCUAACACUGAUGUUAGAAAUCUACAGUGUCCCUCAAGGCCUAACAGGACUGUUGUUUGAAUGGCAACUGAUAAUUCAAUACUGUAUUUCAAGGUAACUUUAUCUCCACUGUCAUCAACCAUCAUAAAUCAGAUGAUGACAUGUUGGACAUCAUUAUCUUGGCAUUGGUCAUCAAUUGAAUGCAUGCAUAUCUAGAGUGAAUUCAGGUCAACUGGGCUCAAUAUACCUGAAUUUAGCCUAUAUGAUGUCACCAACUAAACACAACAUUGGAUAUGUAUGUUUUAUUUUAAACUCUUCUGCAUGGAUAGCAUUUAAAAAUAUAGAUAUAUAUAUUUAACAUAUUACAGGGUAAUUUCUUCCUAUAUAUGUAUUCUGUUUUUGGUUUUGAAAACAUAUAUUUUUAAUCUGAUAAAUCACAAUUUUAAAUGUAUAUAUAUUUUGUAACAAAAUUAGUUGCUGUCUCCACAAAUACAAAUCCUUAGAAUUACUACACAAGGUGACAAUCAGAUCAUUUCUUUAUGAAAUAUUCAGGGUUAAAAACAACUUAAGCUCUGUUGAUGAGUGGCAGAAAAAAAACAACAGAAAAAUGCGGUGAAAGUUUCGCACUUUCAAUGAUUUGUCAGUACAUACUAUGUUUGCUAUUUUAAACUGUGGCACGAGUCAAAAAUGUUUUCUGUUGGAAUCGACAGCAUCUGUGGCGGUAAAUUGUAUUUAAUCCAGAACAUCCUUUUGACAAAUCUGAUUGUAAGUUUGAUUACGUUACUUAGCCAAAUGUCACAUUUACCCUUUAAGGAAGAUCAGGCACUUUGAAAAAUGAACAAUGUAGUGAUCUGUGCAAAGAAAUGUACUGUAUGUAAAGUACUUUUCAUAUGCAUGUUCACUGAAAGUAUUAGCAUCAGUACUGGUUCAAGUUUCAAUCAUAAAACGCAGCAUAUACUCCCAGACUUACUUCAAUAACUCUCGGGUCUCUCACUCAUUACAUUUCAGGCCAGCCUUACUGCAAUAACUUAGCCAGUUCAGAUGUCUGUAGUUUGAAAACAUGCUUUUUGCACAGUUGGCAGAUGAAUCACUCGCUGAGUGAAGAAUUGUGUAGUUGGGAAACACUUUCAAAAGGAGAGCGACCAAAAUUUACUUUGACUCCCAUGCUGUUAAACGUACUUAGUUUAGACUUGGUUCCUGUUUUUAUACAUCAUAGAAUAUGCCUGGCUCCAACGUGCCUUUCUAUUUUUUAGGUUUUCAGACUUUUCUUGUAGAGUUGCAGAUCGAAGUGUGUAUUUUUUAUGUUAUUGUAUGGAAAGCCAUUGUUUUAAGCCUUAAUGUUCACCCCUAAAAAGUUUUUUUGUUUUUUUAUUUGAAAUAAUUCUUAUUUUUAUCUUUGUUUUUCAUACUUUUCUUUUAUAAUUGCAAGAUUUUAAGUUCAAGCAUUUUUCUUUUUUUAAAUUAUUUUUUUUUUUUUUAGCAAAGUCACCCCUAAUAAUUCAGACAUGAGUAUUUAUCAUUUUUAGGCAUAUCAAAUUCCUGCAAAUUAGGUUCUGUGUGCUUGUGGUAUUUGGCUAAUUUGAUAGAAAAAUAACAUUUUAUUUAAUAAAAUUCUGUUUUAACACCCUCAUCCUACGUAAAUGUUUCCCAUCGCAGUAUUCCAUAUGGGAGCAUGUCUUGUGUUUGUUUGAAGUUUCUUACACAUCAGAAAGACAUGGGCUCAUGUGAAAUGGUCUUGUCUUUUGCAGAUCAAUUGCAUAUGACAACUGUACUCAAAAUGAACAUACUCAUGCCUAAUAAUAUUCACUGAAAUCACUCGUGUGUGUUGUUAUGAAAUCAAAGAAGCAUACACACUCACCGUUAGCCUAUGGAGAGUUUGGUAAUUGAGUUGCAACAGUAAGUGUAAAUAGUGAAUGAAUGUAAAAUCGAAUGGCUGACUUUUAUUAAUAAUACUUGUAGUUUUAAAGUGUGAUUAUUUUAGCUGUACAUGUAACAUCUUCCUGUUUUUAUAAUGUAGUUUAUACAGCACUUCACUUUCUUUUCUUUGAUGCACUAUUACGGUAGCCAAUACUGUAAGAGAUUGUCAACAUCUUAUCAACUUUUGUGUUUACCAUACUGUAUUUAUUAGAUUACUUAAUUUAUUUAGUUUUUGUGCCCUCAGUUUUACUACUGUUUAUUGUAAUAAAAUUGCUAGAAAAAUAA